CGUAGCUCCACACCUCUGCCUAUUUCCUUUCACUUAAUUUUUUCUUGUCACUUGUUGCACACGUUUGUUCUUGUCAGUCACAGGCAAGAUGGAAAACCGUCUGCUGAUGAGUCUUACGGCGCUCCUGCUUAUUGAUGUUGGACUCGGAAUCACGACUCCGAACCCAACCAACAUCUCUGCAACCGAUGGAACUAAAGAGACCUCUAUAACACCUACACCACCAACAGUCCCACAGACUACACGUCAGGGAGAUAUCAAAUAUAUUGCUCUGACAGAAAUUGCCCUGCUGAAAGUAAAAAGAAAGAGUCCGUGUGAGGGUCCGGUGUAUGUCUAUUCCGCUACUCUUGGUGAAAAGCCUUUGUGCUUAAAUGAAAAAGCAGUCAGCUUGUUGAGUGGACUGUGUAAAGACAUGCGGUGUGGAAACUCCAAGCAUGUUACUACCUUUUAUGAAACCGAUUCUGGGAUUCAGCUCGCAAGCAAUAUGACAUUAACAAUUACUCCGUGCUCAGGUCUGAGUAUAAGCUGCACAGAUCCGCUGGGAAAUGAGUUGAUUGCUUAUAAAGCAGUAACUGGCAUAUUGUUCUUCAUCCUGCUUGUCAUUUUGGUUCAGUUCAGUCGCCCCACGAUCAAAGUCAUCCGAAAAAGAUUUUCACAGAAGCGUCAGAGUCGCUGGAUCGGGCCGACUCAGAGUCAGAGUGUGUCAUAUCACAGAGGUCAAGGUGGACCAAACAACAACACAGUCAAAAGACAGUCUUAUCCUGGUUUGGAGCGGCUGACAGUAAACACCAGCAGAGAGCCUUCGUCCAACAGAAACAGUGACUAUGAUUCAUACAGCUACAACUGAAGACUGUGAAAAAAACUGGCCUACAGUCAGCGGUCUUACAUUACGAGACUUUGCUUUAUUUGAGCUGUCAUUCAGCAGAGUGUAAAUAUGUCUAAGAAAUACAUCUGAGAAGUCCAUUUAGGAUCAAGUUAAUCCAUCAGAGCGCUUACUUUGUGUUGCAUAGCAGGCUUGAUUUUCAUUGUUACUAGAAUUUCUUUAGUAGUUGCUUGAUUUUGAUGAGUGUGUUUAUGUUAUUUUUGAAAUACUCAGAAACAAAAUGGUAUUAUGAUCAAAACCUGUAAAUUGUUAAAAAUAUAUACAUAUAUUUAUAUAAAUGUUUUUGUUUUUUAAG